AUGCUGGAGUUGUUGCAGGAAGCCGACCCUUGGUAUAAUAUUGCUGAGGGCGAUAUACCUGAGAAAAUCAUGGCUCAUGAAUUCCAACCAAAACCUGCCAUUAUCUCUGUAGAGCAUUAUGAGAUCAUGAAGAAGUGCUGGAAGAAGGCUGGUGAGAGGCCAAGUGCAUUGGAGAUGCAUGCUGGGAUUGUUCAGCUGGUGGAGAAUUGUGAUUCUUAG